UGAGUGCUCAGUGCUCAAGUCGUGUCUGACUCUUUGCAACUCUAUGGACUGUAACCCACCAGGCUCAUCUGUCCAUGGGAUUUUUCAGAGUAUGCAAGCUGCAAGAUGUCCUACAGAUGAAUUAUCUUUAACUAACUGCGCAGUUGUGAAUGAAAAGGAUUUCCAGUCUGGCCAGCAUGUACUUGUGAGGACCUCCCCCAACCACAGGUACACAUUUACACUGAGGACCCACCCAUCUGUGGUUCCAGGGAGCAUUGCAUUCAGCUUACCUCAGCGAAAAUGGGCUGGACUUUCUAUUGGGCAAGAAAUAGAAGUGUCCUUAUAUACCUUUGACAAAGCCAAGCAGUGUAUUGGCACGAUGACCAUCGAGAUUGAUUUCCUGCAGAAAAAAAGUAUCGACUCCAACCCAUAUGAUACUGACAAGAUGGCCGCAGAAUUUAUUCAGCAGUUCAACAACCAGGCAUUCUCAGUGGGUCAACAGCUUGUAUUUAGCUUCAAUGAGAAGCUUUUUGGCUUACUGGUCAAAGACAUUGAAGCCAUGGAUCCCAGUAUCCUCAAGGGAGAGCCUGCAACUGGUAAAAGACAGAAGAUUGAAAUAGGGCUGGUUGUUGGAAACAGCCAGGUUGCAUUUGAAAAAGCAGAAAAUUCAUCACUCAAUCUUAUUGGCAAAGCUAAAACCAAGGAAAAUCGCCAGUCUAUCAUCAAUCCUGACUGGAACUUUGAAAAAAUGGGAAUAGGAGGUCUGGACAAGGAGUUUUCAGAUAUUUUUCGACGAGCAUUUGCUUCCAGAGUAUUUCCUCCAGAGAUUGUGGAACAAAUGGGCUGCAAACAUGUUAAAGGCAUCCUGUUAUAUGGGCCUCCAGGUUGCGGUAAGACACUAUUGGCUCGACAGAUUGGCAAAAUGUUGAAUGCAAGAGAGCCUAAAGUGGUCAACGGGCCGGAAAUUCUCAACAAAUAUGUGGGAGAGUCAGAGGCUAACAUUCGUAAACUCUUUGCUGAUGCUGAAGAGGAGCAAAGGAGGCUUGGUGCCAACAGUGGCUUGCACAUCAUCAUCUUUGAUGAAAUUGAUGCCAUCUGCAAGCAGAGAGGGAGCAUGGCUGGGAGCACGGGCGUUCAUGACACUGUCGUCAACCAGCUGCUGUCCAAAAUUGAUGGCGUAGAGCAGCUGAACAACAUCUUAGUCAUUGGAAUGACCAACAGACCAGAUCUGAUCGAUGAGGCUCUCCUUCGACCUGGAAGACUGGAAGUUAAAAUGGAGAUAGGCUUACCAGAUGAGAAGGGCCGAUUACAGAUCCUUCACAUCCACACAGCAAGGAUGAGAGGGCAUCAGUUACUCUCUGCUGACGUAGACAUUAAAGAACUGGCCGUAGAGACCAAGAACUUCAGCGGCGCUGAACUGGAGGGUCUGGUGCGAGCAGCACAGUCCACUGCUAUGAACAGACACAUAAAGGCCAGUACUAAAGUGGAAGUGGACAUGGAGAAAGCAGAGAGCCUGCAGGUGACAAGAGGAGACUUCCUUGCUUCUUUGGAGAAUGAUAUCAAACCAGCAUUUGGCACAAACCAAGAGGAUUAUGCAAGUUACAUUAUGAAUGGUAUCAUCAAAUGGGGUGAUCCAGUUACUCGAGUUCUAGAAGAUGGGGAACUUCUGGUUCAACAGACUAAAAACAGUGACCGCACACCAUUGGUCAGCGUCCUCUUGGAAGGCCCUCCUCACAGUGGGAAGACAGCUUUAGCUGCUAGGAUUGCAGAGGAAUCCAACUUCCCCUUCAUCAAGAUCUGUUCUCCUGAUAAGAUGAUUGGCUUUUCUGAGACAGCCAAGUGUCAGGCCAUGAAGAAGACUCCAGAGGCUGCAGCUGCUGCCCACCCCCUAUACACAGGUGGUUCCCAGUUCAUGUGAAGAUUCCAGGAGUGGGCUCAGUGCCUUGAGAGCUCUCGGCGCCCUCAAGGUCCAUGACCAAACCUGCCCCCAAGCCCUCGGCAACAGGAGCUCCAUACCUCCUUUCACAGUGCGUCCAGCAUGCUCCUGCCACAGGCCCAGGCUCCCCACGUUUUAGGUCGUCUCUCAUGACCCACAGCCUGCCUUUGCACACAAGAGAGGAGGCACCAAAGAGGUUCAUGCUGACGGUCUCCUUAUGUCCACAGCUAAGUAGACUAUGGGUUUUUGUGUUUUCUAGAGUCUUCAUCUUCUAGAGUAGACCUCUCGUUUUUGCCCUGUUGACUGUUGUCACUCUUCUCCACACUUUUUUUCUUUCUUUCAUUCUCCCCAUUCUUUUCUUCAGCCUUCUCUUUCAGACUUCUCACCUGACUCUCAGGAUGCAUAUAUUCUGAUAAGUUUACAUGCUCUAGGAAGCUCCCUGAUGGAGCUGGGAAGACCAUAUCCUCCAGUCUGCUGUGUGUGGUCAUGGUUUUUGCCUGUUUUUCUAGCAGGGUUAUUAACAGCUCCCCUCUUGCAAGUGUCCUACGUUGCAUGAUACCUUCUGUGAUCCCCUACUGAUAACCUCUCCAGCAGGAAAAACUUGAGCAUCGUACUCUCAUCUUACUACAUGAAAGGAUCAGAAUUUAAGUUAAUUUUUUAAAGAGUCUGUAAGAUACCACCAGUAGCCCCAGCGUCAGCCCACCUGGCUAAAUGUUGUUUUGGCUUUUGGUCUGGAGAAGGCAGUGUGUAUUCCCUGGGUGCUAUUACUGAUGACAUGUUCAGCACUUUAGUUGUUGUGUCUGAGCUGAGGCAGUUUGUACAGUUUUACUUUUUCUGCAUCUCUCCUUCUAGUACCUCUCCUCCUCUUGGGGUUUAUCUAUCUGCAGUUAUGGUAGAACUUCCCCACUCAGUAUGUAAAUAUCUCAAAUUUUAGUCUGGCAGCUAAUUGCAUAUACUUGCCAAUGGAGUCCGGGUAUCUCCUUAUUUAGCAUGGGGCCAGGAAGCCAAGAAUGAAGAGGCUGAGGCGACUAGGCAGAAACAUGGAGUCAGGAGAAUAGUGGUGACCUUAUCUUACACCUGUGACUACCUAUGGGAAAGAAUGUGUGUGAGAAGUGAAAGAUGUGUGUGUAUUUAUAUUAAAGCAGAGUCAACUGAAACUGGUCAAGUUACAACUGGAAUUGCAUAGCCUUUGUCAUGGUUAGUAUGUUGUUAAGAGAGUUAGCGGCGAGUACUCCUCUCCCCAUGGUAGUAAUUAGUACAUUAAGAACUGUCUGUAAAAAAAACAAAAACAAAACAGACUACAUUAAAGGCUGUAGGUAUUUUCUUCUAAAAUGUUAGAGGUAGCCCAUGCAGUCAGCUGUGAAAUGAUUUGAAAUGCUUUGUGAAUCACAGUAUCUGAGAUAAAUUGGUGAAAAUUUAUCAUUAGUUCGGACCCCAGCACUGUCCUAAGUAAUGUUUAUAAACUCCAUAAGCUUUGAGCAGGAAGAAGGGCUGAUUCAGAGAAAGUGUAGAACUACUGCAGUAGCCCAUCCACAAUGUCCUGGGCCCCUGUGACUCAACUCCACGAUAUUACAGUCUGUCAGACAGAAUGAUAUGCUUGCAUCAAAGCCCUUCAUAUCAAUAGAAUUCUGAGCAAAUGUUUUAAAAGAGCCAAGCAUUAUUUUUAACGACUUCUAGAAAUCACCCGAGUUUGCCACACUGGCUGCUGUUAGUCCAGUCUUCAAAAAAAGAGCAAAGAACCGCAGUGGAACAGGGUCUAAACGUUUCCAUUGUCUCUCCGUUUCUCUUCUGUUUCAUCUCUCACCCACCAUGUCCCAUGCACACAGCGCCGAUGCUGACCCUUCUUCCUUCUAGUUCUUACUGACUGUGUUAGUUCCUGCAGUGCUCCUGGAUUUUCUCUGUGCCUCCUUAUAGUUGAUAUGCUCAGCUUAGAUCACUUUCUCCCCUCUUUCCUAGUGAAUUGUUCAUCCUUCAGUUCUCAGCUUAAAUGUCACUUCCUGAAUUUAGGAGACCAUCAUCAAUUUCAUAAGCUUUUAUAUCAGUCACAAUAGGCUAAAUUAUGCUGCUAUAAUGAAUAGCCCCCAAAAUCUCACGGGCUUAACACUACAGAGUUUAUUUCUUGUUCACACUACAUGUCCACCAUAACUCAGAGAGGAAGCUCUGCUGCAGCUUCUCAGAGACUCAAGCUAAUAGGUAAUAGUGGGUCCAUCGCACGUGUGAUUCCACAAUAGCCAAGCCAGGAGAAAGGAAGCACAGUAAACCAAGCCAUGGCUCUCGAAGCUCCUUUCAGAAAGUGAAAUACUCCACUCCCAUUCCCAACGCAAAUCCCAUUACCAUCCCUGACUCAAGAGGGGUUGGGAAAGUGCAGUCUGACCACGUGCCAGAAAGAGCACUAGGAUGUGCGUGGCGUCACCCCAGACUCCCACAGCUCCUGGGCUGUGCGCCACCACAUCCUCUUGUGUCUCCUCUAACCUCAUCAUGCUGUGCUUCAUCAUAGUUACAAGUGACCUUAGCUAUUACUCUCUCCACUGCCUUCAUUAGUGCUUGACACAUGAUAUGAAUUCAAAAAUAUUUGUUAAAUGAGUUAACAGAACAACGCUCCAAGAUUCAGUCCUUGGCCCUUUAUUCUUCUACUUUUACCUUUGUUCCUUGAAGAUUUCUUCCCUCUCAUGGUUUCAGCAUUCACUGCCCUGAAUGAGAUGUCCAUACUCUGACUUCAGUCAUGCAUCUCCAACUACUGCCCUGGUAUGUCUACUUGACUUUAAUGCAUAUAUUUCAGUGUAUUCCUUCAAUAAGGGUUUAUUGAUCACUUUCUGAUAAGGCAUCAUAUUAAGUGACAUGGAUACAGAGAUAAAUACAACAGUACUUGCCUUCAAAGAGCUAACAAUCUGAUGUAAUAUACGGAAGAAUACUAUGAAUCUAUAAUAUAUACACAAUAGAAAAUGCUAUACCGAAGGAGAAGAGAGGCAAGUAACUUAUGACAGGAUGAAAUUAGAACUUUGUGUUGUUUCAACCAUUGAAUCCAUUGAGCAGAUAAAUACUCUUCUGUGCUGGGUGCAGGGGGGUAACAUGAAUAAAGGUUUUAUCCACCUCACAAUCCAAUGAGGAGACAGAUGGCUAAGGAUGAAAGGGUAGAUGACUGACGGGUAUAGGGGAUGGUGCAAAGAAAAGCAGCAGAGGCAUUCUUUCCCACAUGUAUGCAGCAGAUGUUUAUUAGGCGCCAGUGAAGCAUCAGACCCUGAAGACAUAAUGCUAAGGAAGACAGUUCCUACCUUAAAGAAUAUACAGUGUGCUAGGGAGGAACUUACCAUGUAGAUUGUCACAUGAGUUGACAUUUUGCUUUUGGGCUUAUUUUUGUUGAUGAGUUUUUGGGGGUUAUUUAUUUAUUUUUGCAUCUUUGAGAGUGACUUUUUGAGCAUAGAAAAGACCAUGUGUAGCUAGUUAGAGGUCUAGAAAAUUAAAAUUCAACAUAUUAAAAUUAUAUAAUUUAAAAUCUAGGUUUUCAACACAAAAGAAAACUUAAACUUUAAAAAUAAUCCACUUAUUCUUUUUAUAAGCCAAGUAAAGGGUAGCUUAAAAAGAGAUUUUUACAACUUCAAUUUCUUUAUUUUUUUUUUCAUUAUUCAUUUGUUCCUUUAUUUUUUUUUCAAUUAUUUUUAUUAGUUGGAGGCUAAUUACUUCGCAACAUUGCAGUGGGUUUUGUCAUACCAAUUUCUUUAAAUAUUUUAACUGUACUUAGACAUUUAAAAUGUUUUUAUUUUCUCUUUGAAGUACUUCAGUUGUUUAACAAGCAAAACAUUCUAAGUUUCAAAGUAAAUCUGUAAUUACAUUUAUUUAAUAAAUUAACAAUAUGGUGGCAUAGUGGUAAAGAAUCUGCCUGCAAGUGCAGGAGAAGCUAGAGAUAUUGGUUCAAUAUCUGGGUUGGGAAGAUCCCCUGAAGUAGGA